GCCGAGCGCAGGAAGCAGCAGAGCCCGGGCUGAGCGCGGCACGGGCGGAGCCCGCCCUGGUGACACCGUGGGGACACGGCCCCCAGGACCCCCAGGACCCCCGGGACACUGAGGACACUCGGGAACACUUGGGACACUCCUGGCACUCUGGACAUUCUGGACAAACCAGACACUCGGGGACACUUGUGACCCUUGGGACGCUGUGGGCACUGCGGAUACUCAAGACAGGCCGGACACUCUGGACACUUGGGACACGCUGGACACUUGGGGACACUUGGGACACUCCAGACACUUCGGGACCCUCAGCACACUCUGGACACUCCAGAUACUCAGGGACACCCAGGACACACUGGACACUUGAGGACACUCAGGACACUCGGGACACGCCGGACACUUGAGGACAGGCUGGACACUUGGAACACUCAGGGACACUCAGGGACACUCGGGACAGGCCGGACACACGGACACUGGCCAUGGAGGAGGCGGUGGUGAAGCAGGGCUGGCUGUACCUGCAGCUGCAGCAAACCUUCGGCAAGAAGUGGAAGAAGUUCUGGGCCGUGCUGUACCGGGAGAGCUCGCGCUCCACGGCGCGCCUGGAGCUGCAGGAGGGCCCCGAGCGGCCGCGCAGGGCCGAGGGCGGCCGGCGCCUGGUCCGGCUCAGCGACUGCGUGCACGUGGCCGAGGCGGGCGGCGACGCCUCCUGCCCCAAGGACACCGUCCCCUUCCUGCUGGAGACCACGGAGCGCCGCUUCCUGCUGGCUGCCGACGGCGCCGAGGCGGCCGAAUGGAUCCAGCGGCUCUGCGAGCUGGCGUUCCCGAGGAGCCGUGAGGAGCCGGGAGCAGCCAAGGAGAGCACGGAGGGCGAGUUCUCCAUGGAGGAAAAUUCCCUGUACAGCUCGCGGGGCAAAGCCGGCCUGGAGCAGGCGUUUGAGGUGACAGUGAGGGUGACGCCAUCGUCGCAGCGCUGCCGGCUCCGGGGCCGCUGCAUCCUGCGGGCGGGCGAGGAGGCGCUGGAGCUGUGGCACCCUCAGAGCCAGGAGCUGCUCUCCAGCUGGCCCUACCGCUUCCUGCGCCGCUUCGGCCGCGACAAGGUCACCUUCUCCUUCGAGGCCGGCCGGCGCUGCGCGUCCGGAGAGGGCAACUUCGAGUUCGACACCAGGCAGGGCAACGAGAUCUUCCAGGCCAUCGAGGCGGCCAUCGAGGUCCAGAAGGGCCGGGGCGGUCCCGCGGAUGAAGCCCCGCGGCUGCUGGAGCACGCCAGGACGCCCAGCUGGGCACAGGGCCACGAGGAGCCCAAGUGUCCCCCCGGGGAGGCCAAGGUGCCCAAAGGGGAGGGGAAAGGGGCCAAGGGCAGGUUGGUGGCGCCCCCCGGGGCUGGGGAGGGCUCGGGGCCGUCGCAGCUGUCGCGGGGCGGGGAUUGUCCCUACGCGGAGCCGCGCGAUUCGCUGCGCCCGCCCGCCAAGGGCCGGAGGCCGGACGGGGCCGGGGUGGAGUCCGAGUACGCCGUCCCCUUCGACACCAUCGCCAAGGCCUUCCUGGCGCGCCAGUUCGGCGGCCUGGGCUGUGCCCAGGAGGGGCUCCCCGAGCCCCCCAGCGUCCCCAAGGAUGCAGGGGGGGCUCAGCAGCCCCCCGGCCGCCCCACGGCCCCCAAACCCGAGCACAUCUAUGACGAGCCCGAGGGGCUCUCGGGGCUCUCGCUGUACGACGAGCCCAAGGAGGUGAAGGGGGAGGCCUGGAGGCUGCAGGCGGCCCCCGAGGAGCCCCCCGGGCUCGGCUGUCCCUACAACGCCCAGCGCGACGACUACGCCGUCCCCAAGAGGCCCUUCCUGCUGCAGGGCAAGGAGUGGCUCGGGGACAGUGACUAUGACAACGUGGCCCUCAGGCUGGCCAAGAAGAGGAACCUGCAGUGAGCGGCGGUGGGGGAGAGGAGGAGGGGACGCCCCAAAUCCCCCAGCCGGACUCUACCCCACCCCUGGCAGAGCUGAGACCCCCCCAGCUUAGAGCACCCCGGGCUGGGGAGGGGGCACAGCCUGGGCUGGCAGGGGACAGCUGG